GACAUCUCGUGGCCAUACGUCAUCAGCUGUUUGACAACUGAUUGUCCCCGACACGUGAUUACUCGUAAGAAUUGUCAUUCAUGAUUACUUGCGAGAAUUGUUAAUUAUUUUGCCGCGAGAAACACACAUGACACACAUGCGUAACGUCAUGAAGUCCUUUCGCGAGGUCCUCUCGAACACCAGCAACAUUCUGAUCCUGACCGGCAGCGGAAUUUCCGCGGAAUCCGGAGUGCCAACUUUUAGGGGUGCCGGUGGAUUUUGGCGUAAAUAUCAGGCACCGAGUCUUGCGACACCGGAGGCCUUCGCGGCAAACCCCUCGUUAGUCUGGGAAUUUUAUGAGUAUCGCAGACAAUUAGUGAGCAAAGUCAAGCCGAAUAAGGCACAUGAAGCUGUCGCUGAAUUUCAAAAGCGUAAAAUAGCAGAAGGUAAAAAUGUAUCAAUCGUCACACAAAAUAUAGACGGAUUACAUCAAAAGGCUGGGGCGCAAGAUGUUGUGGAGUUACAUGGUUCACUCUACAAAACACGCUGUACUAAAUGUCAUAAUAUUGCCAUUAAUGAGAAUAUUCCCAUCUGUCCAGCAUUGGCAGGAAAAGGAUCUCCGGAUCCAAGCAUUAUGUCCUCUGAUAUUCCAACAGAAGAAUUACCACGUUGUAAAAUCAAAGAUUGUGGAGCUUUGCUGCGACCUGAUAUCAUAUGGUUUGGUGAACAGCUAGAUGAGAAUGUGCUACAAAAGGCUUUUGACCUUGUUAAAAGUUGUGAUGCUUGCUUGGUCAUAGGAACCUCAGCGAUCGUAUAUCCAGCUGCAAUGUUUGCACCGCAAGUCGCGCAACGUAAUGUACCAGUAGCAGAGUUUAAUAUAGAAGAAACGCCAGCAACGAGACAAAUGCAGUAUCACUUUCAAGGACCCUGUACUACUACUGUAGCAGAAGCAUUGGCGCCUUAAAAAUUGAAAUACAUAAUAUACAUAACAUA